UGUCCUACAAAACGUUAGUUGCCAAUCGUUGUGUAUUUUUGGGAGCAGUGAAAUCAUGCGUCUUCAUAAAGUCUGUAUAGUAUUCUUACUUUUUAUGAUUCUUUAUGGCAUACCUUCAGAUGGACAGAAGAAAAAAGAGAUGCUUUUGUCUGAAAAAGUUGGACAACUGAUGGACUGGGCCAGUAAAAGAGCUGUAAUUCGUAUGAAUGGAGAUAAAUUUCGACGUUUAGUGAAAGCUCCACCAAGGAAUUACUCUGUCGUUGUGAUGUUUACAGCACUGCAGCCUCAAAGACAAUGUGUUGUUUGCAAGCAGGCAGAUGAAGAAUACCAGAUUUUGGCAAAUUCAUGGCGUUAUUCCAGUGCUUUCACUAAUAAGAUAUUUUUUGCUGCAGUGGAUUUUGAUGAAGGUUCAGAUGUUUUCCAUAUGAUGAAUAUGAAUUCUGCUCCAACAUUUAUGCAUUUCCCAUCCAAAGGGAAGCCAAAAAGAGCUGACACCUAUGACCUUCCAGUCCGAGGUUUUGCUGCAGAGCAAUUGGCAAGGUGGAUUGCAGACAGAACUGAUGUUGUCAUUCGUGUAAUUAGGCCACCAAACUAUGCUGGCCCUCUCAUGUUGGGCUUUCUUCUCGCUGUUAUUGGAGGGCUGGUCUAUUUGAGAAGGAAUAACCUUGAUUUUCUGUAUAAUCGAAAUGCUUGGGCAUUUGCUGCUUUGUGUUUUGUACUUAUUAUGACUUCUGGACAGAUGUGGAACCACAUCCGUGGACCUCCAUAUGCACACAAGAACCCAAAUACAGGACAAGUGAGUUACAUCCAUGGAAGCAGUCAAGCACAGUUUGUUGCAGAAACGCACAUUGUUUUGUUGUUCAAUGCUGCUGUUACCUUGGGAAUGGUACUUUUACAUGAAGCAGCAACAUCAGAUAUGGAAAUUGGGAAACGGAAGAUAAUGUGUGUUGCUGGAAUAGGACUAGUUGUUUUUUUCUAUAGCUGGUUAUUGUCUAUCUUUAAAGCCAAGUAUCAUGGAUACCCGUAUAGUUUACUUAUAGGUUAAACGGAGCCCUCGUUUACAUAGGUGUACUGGUUUAUAUACCCUGAACGAUGAAGAUGUGCAUCAUCUCUUCCAGAUAAAGAGGACUUUGUUUUCCUAUUGCUACCUCCUAAGUUGUGUGAUAGAAUUGACCAAUCAAA